AUGAAAAAACUGGCCAUUCUGCUGAUUACAGUGGCGGCAGCCGCUCUGGCGAUCGCAUUUUACAUUGGGUGGGAACGUUCCGAGAGAGCAGACCUCGUUAGUGCGCGCGGGUUACUGGAAGUCGACAAUGGCGACGCACAAUUCUGGUUGAUGCAGGGCGGAGCCAACAAUCGUUACCUACCUUGCACGGUACACUACUAUUUUGAUCAACCAUUAGACGAAUCGCUUGUACUGAAUCGCCUUAAAGAUCUGGUCGCACCUUAUCAGAUGUUCAAGCGCAACGUCGUUGAAGUGGACGGUUUGCCUUACUGGCAGCCUGCCAAGCCAGACUGGCGCCAGAACUUUCGCCGGCUCUCUGCAGAAGAAAACAUGACCUCGGUCAGAGUUACAGCUGACAGGGCGCUUUCCCAGGCGCAGGAGGUGGGUGCUGGCAUCCCUUUGUUCAGAGCCUUUCUGUCUAACGAUGGUCGUCAGCUGACGUUCAUGUGGCACCACGUCAUUUCCGACUUUGAAGGCAUGUUCAACAAACACGCACGGCACCUGUUUCAGGUUGAUAUCGAGCGAACCAGAUUUGGCUAUCAGAUUGAAAACCCAGGACGCGCGGAGCAGGCAGAUGACGCCACCUCCCCUCUCCUGCGUCUCAACAGGACUUUUGCGGAGCGACCCCUCGGCUUCGAAGAGACCGGAUUUGACGUCAGGAAGUUUGUCCUGCCGAUCGAAGAUAAGGCACUGCACGAUCGAGGACGUACCAUGGGCCUGCCAAUGAGCGAUAUUUUUUCGUUCAUCACCAUGCGGACCGUGACCCUCUACCAUGAAUCCAAGCAAGACGGAAUGCAGAGCAGCCUCCGUCCUGUCGUCAGCCCACUCAGUCUGCGCAAGAGUUCCCUGGCAACCGAUGAGGGCAACAACCGGGUGACAAAGCCGUUCCCCCUGGUGUUCCCGCUGGAGAGCGUCGAGGUUAUGUACCAGCGAAUCCUCUCGCUGGCGCCAGCUUCAGGCUCCUAUGACAGGGCGGGCAGAAUGCUGAAAGUGGCACGGCAGUUUUCCUUUCUGGAAGCACCCAUGCGCAGGCUGGGAUCUCCUGACUACAUCUCUAACUAUUUCCCUCUUGCAGACAUGCCGUUUCGCAUGGAAGACGCUGUCGUCACCAGUCACGAACUGAGAGUGCCGAUGGUGCCGUAUGAACGCACCAAGUUCGCCUGGUCUAACUAUAACGGAGAGGUACAACUGUUUCUUCACACCGACCCCAAGCUCGUUGAUGCUGAUCUGAUGGCUGCCUCCUAUGCACAUGCGGAAGAAGAGGCGUUUCACGAGACGCUGACUUAUGAAGAAGUGCUGGCCACUCAAGCCAUCAUGCAAGGCUAUAUCACUCCCGCAACGGGAUCGAAUGUGGUCCCCCAGGUGGAAGCCGCAGAUGGAACAUGGCUGCAGGAUUCGAGCGAAAUCAUCGACAUACUGGAAGCACGACAUCCGCAGGCGCCGGUGGUUCCUGAAGGCGCUCAGCAACGCCUUGUCUCCUAUCUGUUAGAGCUUCUGGCAGAUGAGUGGAUGCUGCCCUGGGCGUUCUGGGAGCGGUGGCACUAUUCCCUGGCAUCCGUUCAGCCGAACCACGAACCCUGGAAUGCACAGCAGUGGGGACGGAUCUUCGCGCCCGAUCAAUCCGGAUUAGAAAGGCGCAAGGCGGCCCGCUUCGUUUUCCGUGAAAUCAUGAAAAUUGAUGAUCCGCAAAAUGCGGAAUCAGGCCCUUUUGCAGGUUUACCUCAGCUGGGUGUUACAGAAAAAACGGUACCAGCCUGGACAAGCAGUAUGCACCACAUGCUGUCGAUUCUGGAAACGCACUUCAACCAGCAUGACUAUGUGCUGGGCGGACGUCCGACACUUGCAGACUUUGCACUCCUGGGUCCCCUCUAUCCACACCUCUAUAACGAUCCGGUGCCCGGUUUCAUGAUGCGUACGCAGUACCCUCUGGUGUGCGAAUGGAUUGCUCGCGCCAACGGAUCUACUGAGGCUGGCGCGAGGAGUUACAGGCAAUCUGGCUACCACCUCGAGCAGGGAUCACUGGUGCGCAUUUGUGGCGCCAGCGACGGAGGUGACAUGCUUCCCGAUGAUACGGUGCCGGAAACACUGCUCCCGCUGAUUGGUGUCUUUUUCGACGAAAUGUGGCCGGUACUGAAAAGCAGCAUUGACGUGCUGACCAACUACAUCGCCAGCGGCAAACAUCCUGCCGAUAACCCUUUGCCCUCCAAGAGCUUUUAUUCGCCGGCCGAGUUCAGGGUAUGGAUGCUGGGUCGCAUGAGUGAUGCGAUGGCUGAGCAUUUCAAUGAUCCGCAUCAAAGUGCACGGCUUGAGGAUUUGCUUGCUGCUUUCCGGGUUGGGCAGCAGAUGCCCGAUGUUCAGUGCGCUACGGCAGAUGAUACCCACUUUGAUCUGCAUGCAGAUCGAGCAGGCAGGCAGAUGAAAGAUUUUGAUGCGGCGAAUAUUGCCGUAUACGCGCUCAGUUAUGACGAGGCAGAUGCACUGCGAGAUUUUCGUGAUGCCCACGAUGUCACGUAUACGCUGCUUUCCGAUCCGGAGUCUGAUGUCAUCAGAUCAUUCGGUAUUCUGAACACGCUGAUCAAUGAGAAUGACCACCCCUGGUACGGCAUUCCUUAUCCCGGCACCUAUGUCGUCAAUGCCGACGGCAGAAUUAUACAAAAGUUUUUUGAGAACAACCUGGCUGUCAGAGCCGGUCCGGAACAGUUGCUGCGCGCGGCACUCGGCCAGUCACCGGAGGCCACGAAUGACGGCGUCCCCGAGACAGUCGAAGAGGUUGAGGUCAGCGUUCACCUUGACGGGGCCAGCCUGACGCCCACUGUACAGAAAGACCUGGUGGCACAAUUUCGGGUCCCAGCCGGGCAGCACGUUUACGCGAACCCCGCGCCGGUCGGUUCGAUUGCGGUUGAUUUAAUCCUGGACGACCACGAGGGCCUGGUACACAGAGCCAUCAUUCGUCCACCGGCAGAACCGCACAGCCUCGCCGGCACAGAUGAGACCUUUGAUGUUUAUCACGAUGUUUUUCAGCUGAGAUUACCCCUGACAGUCAACAAUGCCAGCCAGCCUGAAAUUACAAUCGCCGGGGAACUGAUCUGGCAGUCCUGCGACGAUCAGGUCUGCGGCAUUCCCGUUCGCAAGCGGUUUGCGAUCACGCUGCCAGUGACGGCGUCUCCACCAGUUGCACUGGGCAGCAGGAAAGGAUUAACACAUGAAUCGGCAAUGGUCGCGGGGUUUGCUCAGAUGAAAGUUGCCAGUGCAGCCGGCAAUGCCAAAACCGCUCUGCUGCUGCUGUUCGGCGCUUAUGCCUUGUCCAUCACCGACAGGAUGAUCCUCUCGGUGUUGUUCGAACCCAUCCGUCUGGAGUUCGGCGCAACCGAUACGCAGAUGGGCCUGCUGGGCGGCCUGUCGUUUGCUCUAUUCUACGCAACCCUCGGCCUGCCGAUCGCGCGGCUUGCAGACCGCUACAACCGUCGGCUCAUCAUCGUCACCUCCCUCGGCCUGUUCUCGGCGAUGACUGCCAUGAGCGGACUUGCUCUGAGUUUCCUGAUGCUGUUUCUGUUUCGCAUCGGCGUCGGUAUUGGUGAGGCAGGUGUCAACCCGGCGAGCCAGUCAAUCAUCGCCGACCUGUACCCGAAAGAACGGCGGGCGACCGCCAUGUCGAUCCUGGCAGUUGGCGCACCGGUUGGCAUGAUUGGCGGCUUUCUCAUCGGUGGACUGGUCAGUCAGAUGUUUGGCUGGCGGGCCGCCAUGUUUGCGGUGGGUGUUCCGGGUGUGGUGCUUGCCAUCCUCAUGUUCUACUUUCUCCGGGAACCUGUGCGCGGGGCAACAGACAUAUCGCCGCACACACAAGAGGCAGAUGCGCCCUCCGGGAUCUUACCGGCCGCCGGGUACAUGUUCCGUUCGCCGGCGCUGCGCCAGCUGCUUAUUGCAUCCACGCUCACCGGCAUGGCGUCUUAUGGCGCGUCCACCUGGUUGCCCACAUUCUUCGUCCGCGUGCACGAUCUUUCCCAGGGCCAGGUGGGCCUGUUGAUGGCGUUUCUUUUUGGCGGGCUGGGCGCAGUGGGUACUUUUGUGGGUGGUAGGCUGUUCGACAGACUGUCUGCACCCGGGUUUGAUCGCGGCCUUAAGAUGAUUGCCGUUGUGCAGGUGGCAACGGUGCCUUUCUCCGUCGCCGCCUACCUGGCAGGUUCUUUCACAGGCGCGAUUUUCCUUUUCAUGCUGCCUGCAUUUGCGGCUAACUUUUUCCUGGGUCCUACGCUUGCUCUGAUCCAGACGUUGUCACCCGUGCCCAUGCGCGCCGUGGCUGCGGCCAUCAAGAUGUUCUGCCUCAAUCUGGUUGGCAUGAGUCUUGGCCCCUUUCUGGUCGGGGCAACCAGCGACUGGCUUGCACCUGUAUAUGAUGAGCGAUCCCUUGCCAUAGCACUGGCCGUACUGACCUGUAUGAGCCUCUGGUCCGCCGCUCACUUCUGGCUGUGCGGCCGGGCAAUACGGGUCACUGAAGUAAAUGGGCUGCAUUUUCGAGACGACCCGAACUUCGAAUUUGCCGAUGCCACCUUCAGGCCGAUUUCAGACGAUGAAGACGCAAACAAUCUCGUUAUGUCGCACAGCUCUGUCAACUUUGACAAAACCGGCUUUGCCGAAGACGUCAAUCUCGUCUUCCCGAUAGACCGUUUCCGGGAGCUGGAAGCACAGCAGAAGAUCGGAUCUCUAGCGACAGUGCACUACAGUUUUAUGGGUGCUGGCCUGGACCCACAAGCAUAUGAGAAAAGUGCCUCGCAGGUGGCCGGCCUUCUGAAACAGGAUAACGUCGAUGCGGUAUUCCUGACCCCGGUCUGCAUCAUGACCACCGGCAUCAGUCUGGUGCGUGAGAAUACCGAGAGCAUGCAGCCACCCCGAGCGCUGUGGGUGAGUUUUCCGCUUGGCCGCCCGCUGGGCAAGCCGGGUGAUGCUGCGUUUCAACAUCGCGUUAUCGACGCCGCCCUCAACCUGUUAAAUGAGGAACACGCCCCGGUGCUGGUUGAUUACCCGGAAGAUGCGCCCAGCGUUGCAAUCGAUGCUGCACCCGCCUGCCCGGUGUCAUUCGCAAAACCGGCUGCGGACACAGAUACCUGGGAAGCUGCACUGUUGAACGAACUGCAGACCCUCACCCCAUGGCAUGAUCUGGGUAGACGUCGCCGCAACGGUCGCACGCUGGUUGGUGCCUCCGAAUUUUCAAUGACCGAUAAUCUGCAGAAAUUAGGGCAAUUACUCGACAAUAACACGCUGCCGACCACAGAACUAAAGUGGUUCAAAGCAGCCAUUGAAGACGCCAAGGUGUUCUACAUAGAAGCACUCACUGCACAACCUGGCGACUAUGACCACAAACAGAUAGAGCAGAUCUACUGGCACGAGACCCGCUUGGGUGCCGCGACGAUCGAGUUUGCAGAACGGUUUCUUCAACAUCCUGAACUGGCCGCCUUUGCCAGAAUCAUCACGCCACGAAACGAUUUUGUUGCCGACAUUUCCGACAUCGAUUUAACGUCAAUGACGGAUGAGGACUUUGAAGCAAUCUACCAGGCCUGGCUCACCUAUGGCGUGCUGCGCAUCCGUGGGCAGCAGCUCGACGAGGACGAACUGCAGGCAUUCAGCGCUCGAUUCGGUCCGCUGGAAGAGAUUCCCAUGGGUCGCCUGCCCGAAUCUGAGCGUGCCAAAGUUAAAAACCGUUACGUCACCCAGUUAUCAAACAUCAUCGAAAACGGCAAACCCAUAGGUGGGCUUGGUAAUGCGGAGGCCAACUGGCAUUCCGAUAUGACCUACGUCGAGAAUCCUCCGCCCGCCAGCGUGCUGCUGGGUGUCGAAAUACCUGACGAGGGUGGUGAUACCUAUUUUGCUGACCAGAACGCAGCCCUCACCGCAAUGCCGCAGGCACUCAUCGAACGCCUGGCAAGCCUGUCCAUCAAACAUGACGCAGCGCAUACAAGUAUUGGCAAACUACGGCCCGGGUUCGAGCCCUUCGAUGACCCUCGUGAUGCUCCGGGGGCAAGUCAUCCCGCCAUCAUCACCCACCCGGAAACCGGGGAACAGACAUUGUAUCUGGGGCGCCGCGAGUGGGCUUACAUCGACAGCCUGCCACUUGAAGACAGUGAAGCGCUAUUGGAUGAAAUCUGGUCAUAUGCUGCGCGUCCGGAACAUGUGUGGCGACAGCAAUGGCAGCCGUAUGAUCUGAUCAUCUGGGACAACCGCCGCGUGCUGCAUCGGCGCGACGAUUUUGACCCGAAUUCACGUAGAUUGAUGAAGCGCUGUCAGGUGCUGAACAGAAUCGUAUAG